AUGGCCACAGGUUCAAAGACCUUCACCUAUCCUCCUCUCCCAACGGGAGAGGACGCUAUCCGUAUCCUUAAUCUACAGCCAGGAGACUUUUUUAGUCCACUGGUGUGCUUUUUGACCCCUGCUACUUUCAAAUCUAGGCCACGCUAUGUAGCGUUGUCUUACACUUGGGGCGAGCCGUAUUCAGAAUGUGUCAAAAAAGCAUCGACGUUGUCACCAGCCUCAAGGACAGAUACCAGGAAGCCAAUAAAUAUCACCGUAAACGGCUGCACAUUUGAUGCGGGUAGUAACCUGAAGGUUGCAAUUCAACACCUCCGUUCUUCAACUGUGUCUCUACUACUCUGGGUGGAUGCCAUUUGUAUUAACCAAGAUGACAAUGUGGAAAAGAGCGCUCAGGUCGCCAUGAUGUCUUCCAUUUAUAAGCGUGCCAUUACUGUUGUAGCAUGGAUAGGACCAAAAGAUAACGGAGAUAUCGCCGGUUCUAUGCAGUGGAAGGCCAGCCAAGUCCAGCAUCUUGUUUCUGCCGUGUCAAGCGGGUUGAAAGCUGUCGACUUGGAGAUACGAUCUUCGCUCGGGCCUGAUAGAAAAGCUUUUAAAAGAAUGUCCGAAAGUGCAUAUUGGAAGAGGCUGUGGGUUGUCCAGGAAGUAUGUUGUCCUCUACGAUUGGUGUUUAUGUACGGAUCAAGCAUUUGGACCUACGAGGCUCUAAGACAAUCAGAGGCGUUCAAGGAGGAAUAUUCGGUACUACUACAACCCGGAAAAGGCUUGACGAAUGAACUUCAAGAAAUGCUUACCUUGCUAGGGAUUAGGGAGCAGAGGCACACCCCUAUGACGAGAUUAGAAAGUCUCAUCGAGAGCUGUGUUAAAAAAGAGUGCUCCGAAAUAAGGGACAAGAUAUAUGGGCUACUCGGGCUUGCUAACGAUAUACGUACUCCAAGUACCGCCGACCAGCUACCUGAUCAAUUCAAACGAUAUGCCGAGUCAUUGGAUCUUAAAGACGGGGACUUAUCACAACUACUGAGAAAUAUAAGGCCGCCUGAAGUCGACUAUGAUCGCCCAUUAUACGAUAUUUGGACUGAUGUGGUUGGGUAUAUAUACUUUCAAGUCCGGGGGAACAAUGCACCACUUGGCCUUAAGUUCAACGAUACCCGUAUUGGUAAGCUUGAGAAUAGCAUGUCUCCUACGGAGAUUGAGAGAUACAUCACUGUGGUAAAAGCCUCAGGUAUAGUUCAAGAAGCACUCGGCCAACAGGGCUAUCCAGUAAUCAGAGCGAUAGGAUUCUUGAGCAGUAGAGUCUUACGACUGGGUCCAGAGCUCGAGUCGCUCAUCGAAUCACCCCAAAUCGAACGAGAAUGGCAGGACUGCUAUGGCGACUAUUAUAAAGAGCCUGACCUGCAGUAUAUCAGAAAAGCUGGCGAGAAUUACAUGGCAAGAACUAUGGAAUAUGAUAAUGGCCAGUUGAUGAGGAUCCAUGAGAUCCAACAUCCUGAUGUUAUAGCGUGGCCUAUUGCAGAUAGCAAGCCUCGAACCGAUGAUUCUCGGUACCUUGCCGAGUACGCUAAAGUCUGGGAAGAAAGUCAGGGACGUCGAGAAAGAGGCUCUGAUAUCGGGCUCGGGCCUAGAAUCUGCCUUGGCACAAACCGCCUCAUCGCAUUAGUUCCAUCGGUAGCAAGGCCCGGUGAUGUUAUCAUACGGUUUUGGAGCUGCGACGCUGCUAUUAUCAUGCGGCCCAUAACGACAGACUUGACAAAUACGGCUGUGAAAGAAACACUUGGAUUAGGGCCUUCCUAUAUGAUAAUAGGCAGAGUAGAUGUGGCACAAGAGAUUGAUCAGAGAAAUGGUGUGCAGUCCCAUAAAGUUCAUACAGAGCAAGAGGUAUCGAAACUCGAAGAAACCUGCCAUGAGGGUAGCUGUGGGAACUUUGAAAGCGUUUAUGUUGAUUUGGACUUUCGAAGUCUGCAAAUGAUCACCGCGUCCAUCUCUGUAUCGCGUCAUAAAGGGGCUUGGACAGAUGUUUAA